AUGAGACAUCACUUCACACCUGUCACAUUAGCUAAAUUCAAAAACACAAGAAACAAGUGUUGUAGAGGAAGUAGAGUUAAAGGAGCUCUUGUACACUUGAGAAAGGAAACAUGUGCAAAUACAUUGCUAUUUCUGCAACUUGUGUUGCUGGUGUUUCUCCUCCCAGAUGGUGACAGUGAAGAUGCCUUCCAGAAGCCAGUCUCCUUCAGAAUUAUCCUGACCUCAUCCUUUUAUAACCCUUCCUGGACACAAAAUCAAGGCUCAGCAUGGCUAGAUGAGCUGGAGACUCAUGGCUGGAACAACAAGACUGGUGCUUUCAUUUUCCUGUGGCCUUGGUCCAAGGGUAACUUCAGUAAGGAGAGGUUCAUAGAACUGGAAAGAAUAUUCCAUACAAAUUCCAUUAGACUUCUUCAGAUAAUUCAUUACCAUGUCAGCGAAUGGCAGCUUGAAUUGAGACCAGAGGCCUGGCUGUCCAUUGGCCCCAGUCCAGGUCUUGGCCAUCUCCUGCUGGUGUGCCAUGUCUCUGGCUUCUAUCCAAAACCUGUGUUGGUAAUGUGGAUGCGGCAUGAGCAGGAGCAGCAGGGCACCCAGCGAAGCAAUAUCCUGCCCCAUGCUGAUGGGACAUGGUAUCUUCAGAUGUCCUUGGAUGUGAAAUCCAGGGAGGCAGCUGGUCUGUACUGCCGGGUGAGACAUAGCAUUCUAGGAGGCCAGGACAUCAUCCUCUACUGGGAGCAGCCCCACUCCAUGGGAUUGGUCUUCCUCGUGGUGAUAGUGCCCCUGGUGCUUCUGGCCGGUCUGGCAUUGUGGCUUUGGAAGCAUUGUUGUGCUUAA